CAAAAUAUUUAAGGUCUACUGUAAAAACUCGUCAAGGAAUUUUGAAUGGCAAAAGAGUUGAUUAUUUUAAAGGUAAAGCAGCUAUAAAACAACUUCUUAAAGAGGCAUAUUCUAAACAAAAGAACAUUCCUAAAAUCAAUAAUAAAAAUGAAGCAAAUGGUGUACUUGAAGAACUUCUUAGUUAUACAUUUUAUUUGAGAGCUGAACGAUCAGGUAAUGAAGGAAGUACAUCAUCAUCUCGAAUUAAAAAUUUAGCAAUAACAUCAAUGCAAACAUGGAAAGAAGAUCAAUAUUAUGUAUGGUUCUACCAAGGAUCUCAAUUGAAGAUGAUACUAGGUGGAUUGUCAUUGGUUUCUAUUGUUUUUGUUGCAGUAUUAUUUCCACUAUGGCCAUCUUCAAUACGGAAUGGUGUUUGGUAUUUUUCUGUAGCAAUAUUAAGUUUGUUCGGAGUAUUGAUGUUAGUAUCUUUGUUUAGAUUGGUAUUAUUUAUAACUACAUUGGUUGUUGCACCACCUGGGAUAUGGUUAUUUCCUAAUUUAUUUGCAGAUGUUGG